AUGGCUUCCUCGUCGUCCAACGUGGUGGGUGUCCACUACAGAGUAGGAAAGAAAAUUGGUGAAGGGUCUUUCGGUGUCAUUUUUGAGGGCACAAAUCUUCUCAACAACCAGCAGGUUGCGAUUAAGUUUGAACCCCGGAAGAGCGAUGCUCCUCAGUUGCGUGAUGAGUAUCGGACGUAUAAGAUCUUGGUUGGAUGCCCUGGCAUUCCCAAUGUCUACUACUUUGGCCAGGAAGGUUUGCACAACAUACUAGUCAUCGACCUUCUCGGCCCGAGUCUCGAGGACCUGUUCGACCAUUGCAAUCGACGCUUCUCCGUCAAAACCGUCGUCAUGGUCGCCAAGCAAAUGCUUUCCCGUGUGCAAACUAUCCACGAAAAGAACCUCAUCUACCGCGAUAUCAAACCCGACAACUUCCUCAUCGGUCGCCCAAACUCCAAGGCCGCCAACGUCAUCCACGUCGUUGACUUUGGAAUGGCCAAGCAAUACCGAGACCCCAAAACCAAGCAACAUAUUCCAUACCGUGAGCGAAAGUCGCUGUCUGGAACAGCACGCUAUAUGAGUAUCAACACCCAUUUGGGACGCGAACAGUCACGACGAGACGACCUUGAGGCCUUGGGCCACGUUUUUAUGUACUUCCUACGAGGUGGCCUGCCGUGGCAGGGCCUGAAGGCUGCCACCAAUAAGCAAAAGUACGAGAAGAUUGGAGAGAAGAAGCAAACCACCGCGAUCAAGGAUCUCUGCGAAGGAUUUCCAGAAUUCAACAAGUACCUCAGUUAUGUGCGCAACCUUGGAUUUGAAGACACCCCCGACUACGACUACCUAAGGGACCUGCUCACGCAGGCGCUUAAGAACGCCGGAGAAGUCGAGGACGGCGAGUACGAUUGGAUGAAACUACACAACGGCAGAGGGUGGGAAUACAAGUCGUACUCGUCACAGCAGGCUCUCCAUAACUCCGCCCUUCCUACAUCUGCCAGAGAUCUCCACGGCCAGCCGCUUCGAAACAGCUCAAGGCCCGGCGUAACCGCAGACCGUUUAAACGCCGCGCAGCCCCCGCCCCCCUCUCCAGCGAAACCCGGAGUCGGGAAGACGCGCGAGCAGCAAAACGUCAGAGGCGGCAUUCCGCCGAAACGCCAGAGCGGGGGAUUCGAUGCAACUCCAGCCGCGUCGACCACGGCGCAGUUCCAAAACUCAAACGCAAACAUUCCGGGUCGAGUCGGCAGUCCGGCGAACGCGACGAAGAACCAGCCAUCGCAGGCCGGCCAGCAGGCGAGCAAUGAGCCGCAGCCCACCUUUGUCCAGAAGGUGAUGAAAGCGCUAUGCUGCGGUAGGUGA